GGUGCUGGAGCCCAUCUCAGGGCCUGGCCAGUCAGAGCUGCUGCGCAUGCGCACCGGAGCAGCGCUAAUGGCGGAGAGCGUGCGGUCGCCGUUCGAUUACCGGGAGCCCCCGACCCUCGACAGCGACGGGGAUGGCAGCAAGCCGCCGCCGCCACGCGGGCGAGUGUGUGGCAGGAAGAGGAAGGGGACGCCGGUGAAGGUGUGUGACAGAGCGGCGUAUGUGACGGAGGACGAGGAGGAGAGUCUGUCUGAACACAGUUACAGCCCAGGAGAUGAGCAGUACGCAGAGGGAGCUGGAGACGGUCUUCCUCCGCCGGGCAGCCCAUACUACCUCACCGACCCGUCACAGCUCUGUGUGCCUGAGCUCGCUGAAGAGGGCGCCAGCGGCGUCCGCGGCCCUGUGCUGUUCCACCCCCCGCCCAACUGCAGGAUUAGAGAGGUGCAUUGUGGGAGUCAGGUCCGGCUCGUCGUCAUAGCCAUUCGAGACAUUGCCAAAGGCGAGGAGAUCACAGUGGACUACAGCCUGACCGACUGGGGAGAAAAUGCCAUGGGCUUUCAUAGUUCGGUGUCCCCACGCGGGUUUGAAUGUGGAUUCAACCCAGAGAGCAACAUCAAGAAGGAGGAGGAGCCGGGUUCACUCCCUCUGUCUCUCACCGUUUCUGACUACCUCACUCCGUCAUGGUCUCUGUCUCCCUCCUCCUCUCCGCUGUCUCACUCCGAGGCCAGCGACUCCGACCGAGAGGAGGAAGAAGAGGAGGAAGACGACGACGAUGAUGACGACGACGACGAAGAGGACCUGGAGGACCUGCGGGGCCGCAUGAUGAGACGCCGCAAGAAACGCAAAACCUCGGCGACCGUCAAGAAAAAAGCCCAGCCCCGCCCACUGUCCUUCGCAUGCCCCGCCCCCUCCUCACCGCCGCCCUUCCAGCAGCCUCUAGCCCCGCCCACCACCAACAUAAACAAUAACAUAAACAUAAACAUUGGCGCGAGCGGCACGCUCUCCCGCAGACAGCACUGUCCGUACUGCGGCCGUCACUUCCGCUCCCUCGCUAGGCACCUGGAGAAACACCACGAGCAGCAGCCCGAGGUCCGAGCCGCCAUGGAGCUGUCGCACCUCCCCGCUCAAGACGCCUCCUCGCACCCCUUCUCCUCUCCCGCUCCGCCCACGGCCGCUCUGGGAACAACCUCCCUGUUCUCCCGCGAGCGAGACGCUUUGUCUUCGCCUCCCAAAUCAGGAGGCGUCUCUUUCUCGCUCUCGCUGUCUCCUCCCCCCGCCUCCAGCACCUCAAAGAAGAGCUCGGCGACGAUGGUGACGCCUAGGAAGGGCACUAAGAAGAGCCCCGGCGUCUCGCCCAACCCUCCCGCCCGGAGGGGACGGCCGCCGAAGAAGGAGAAAGAGCUGCAGCUGAAGAAGCAGGAGGAGGCGGAGCGAGCGAAAGAGGAGGAGGCGCCUCCCACGCCGGGGAAACAGGAGGAGGAGGAGAACGAAGAGGAGUUCGACACGAGGAAAGACGGAAGCGCAGAGGAGAAGAACGGAGAGAUGGCCAGCUCUGGGCGCUCUCACAUGCCGCCUCUGCUGUCGUCGCUCUCCGCGCUGGUGCUGUUCCUCCGCCGGCAGCAGCACUCCUCGUUCCUGUCGCUGUCGCGCGCUCCUCCGUCCGCCGAGGCCUGGCGCCUGCUCUGCCACUCCAGCCUGGCUCUGCUGAUCCUCUACAACCGGCACCGCGAGUGCGAGGUGGCCAAGCUGACGGUGCAGGACUACCGCAGCCGCUCCUCCUGCGCCACCUCGUGCGACGCCGCUCUGUCGCCCUUCGAGCGCGCCGUCCUCGGCCAGCUCCCGCGCGUUAGCGUCCUGGGCAAACGCGGCCGCCUCCAGCCUCUCAUCCUGCCUCCGCACUCCGAGGCGUGUCUGGAUCUGCUGCUGAAGACGUCUGCGGACGUGGGCGUGGACCCCCAGAGCCCCUAUGUGUUUUCCCGGCCGUAUCACUCGCCGGCCACGCCGCUGCGCGGGACCGACCUGCUGCGGAGCCUGGCGCGCACUAGCGGUGCUAAGAACCCCGCGGCUCUAACCGCCCCCCGCGCGCGCCGGCAGGUGGCCAUCCUCACUCAACUGCUGCUGCUGGAGGAGGGCGAGCGCGCCGUCAAACGCCUGGAGGACUUCCUGCAGAGGGAGUAUCACGUGACGCAGAGCUGCGCUCGGAUUGGCCAGGACCCGGCGCUGAUGGACCGCGUGGGGAGAGUGGUGCUCUACGGAGAGCGAGAGGGAGUGCUGUUCAGAGGAAUGAGUCUGCAGCACAUCUGCCUCGAGCUGGACGUGAUGUCGGGGAACUCUGCCGACUCGUUCUCGGAGGACUCUGAUGGAGAGGCCAGUAAGAGUAAAGACCGAGCCGAUGCUGCGAAGAAGGACGGCUCGAGUAAUCGAGCGCCGCGGCCGAAGAAGAGCAGCAGCCUUCAUCAGUCCACGAGUGCGUCAGCGGCACUCAAGAGACGCAGCGCUCAGGUCAAAUCAGGGAAGCGCGGCGUGCUGAAGCGGCCGUGGUCGGAGGCGGAGCGUGUGGCGGUGGAGACGCACCUGAAGAGGAACAUCAUCGAGCUGCGUGUUCCUGCGAAAGCGGACUGUGAGCGAUGCCUGCAGCUCUGCCCUCUGCUCGUCAGCAACCAGCGCGACUGGAGAGCCAUCAAGUUCUACUGCCACAACCGCAUCCAGCUGCUGAAGAAACAGGGACGCAGAGACGGCAACACGGCCCCCGCUGUCUGCUGACCACAGUAACACACUCAGACACACACACAGAGAGAGAGGGACACGCACGCACACACACACACACACACACACACAUACAUACACAAAGAGAGAGGGACACAUGCACACACACACAGAGAGAGAGAGACACGCACGCACACACACACACACACACACACACACACACACAUACAUACAUACACAAAGAGAGAGGGACACAUGCACACGCACACACACACACACAUACAUACAUACAUACACAAAGAGAGAGGGACACAUGCACACACACAGAGAGAGAGGGACACGCACGUACACACACACAUACACAUACAUACACAAAGAGAGAGGGACACAUGCACACACACACAGAGAGAGAGAGGGACACGCACACACACAUACAUACAGAGACACACACACACACACAGAGAGAGAGGGACACGCACACAUACACACACACACACACAGUAGCACACUUACAGACACACACACAGAGAGGGACAUAGAGACGCACACACACAGUAACACACACACACAGUAACACACACACACACACACAGUAACACACACACACACACACACAGAUGACAGAACGGUGUUGUAUUUUGUUUAAUAACUGUUCUUGUAAGCUAGCGCACAGUGCAAUCGCACACACGCUUCCCACAUUCCCUCGUGUGUGUGUUUCUCGGACCGUUUCUCUGUCAAACUAAGGAACUGUUUCACACGCCGGUGUUCAGACUCAGAAACGCAGCGGCGAUGAACUGAAGCAGGUUUGGUGACUCUCUCUCUGUACGGACUGUUUUACGCGACUGACGUCAUUGGUUCGGGGGAGUUUGGCUCCGGUGGAUCCGGACUGGUUUUCUGGAGCUGUGUAAACAGUGUUGGAUUAUUUGGGACCAGCGUUUCUUUCUGGAAGCUCGAGGUCAGUCUUACCUCAACAGACAUCAGUCUGCAUCUGGAGAUCCGCUCUGCUAUCGGUCAAUCUCACAAACAACACGUCCAGCUCAUAAUUCACACUCAGAUCAACAGAACAAACAGGAAAUCAUGUUUUGCAUAAAGAUAAUGAUGUCUGGUUUCAUUAUCCUCUUUGCUUUGUUUUCUGUUUUUGUUGUUAUUUUUUGCAUUAGCAGUAAUAUCAGCAGGGCUUUUCUGUAGAAGGUUGUUUAAAAGUUGCAAUUACUUUUUUUGUUUUUAUUUUCCCUCAAAAUGUUGCAAUUAUAUUUUUAACCUUUUUCCCUCAAAAAAAACCAAACAUAUAUUUUUUUAAUUCUUAACUUUCUUAGGUAACCAUUGCUUUACCUCAAAUUAAUAAAAUCAUCUUUGCUGUAGAAUGAUAUAGAAAGCAAAACGAUUCCUUGACAUUUUUACUUUUGAUUUCUGUUUUAUAAUUUUCUCUAUCAAUAGUGCUUCUCUUUAGAUUCUCAUUACUGUAAUACUUUGAUACUUUGACUUUAUGUACAGACUUUAUUACAGGAAAAACUACUUUUUCUUUUCAGAAUAAGUUAUUUUUAUUUAUUUUUUUGCAUUGCAUUAAAAACAUUUGUAGCUAAGAAGUUCUUAAAUGUCCAAAAAAAAAAAAAAAAAGCAUCAAAACAAAAUGUUCGGCUUGAUUUUCUUCAUGCAAAAGUGUCUGUUUUUAUUUCUGGGUCAGCUAUGAUCUGGACCUGUUUGUGAGAUUGAUCCGUCUGUAUUUUGAAGUGUUGUUUGCCUUAACUUUUGUUGUGUUCCUGGUUUUAUAUUGAUCUCGUCCGGCUGCGGCUGAUAUUAAACCCAGUCACAUUCACUCGUUUCUAUGCAUCAUUGGUGUUUUGGGGAUCAGUCGCGUUUCAUUCCGUUGGAGGUUAUUUUGCUCAUCUGUGCCAAUCCGAAUGGUUUUUGGUGAAAUCUCUGGCGUCAGACUCUCUCCUGUACAGUCGUCUGAUCUCGGAUCUGUGUACGGUGACGUAUCGUAACAUGAUGUUAGCCAGUAGAGUGUUUCACUGCGUGAUGAUGUACAUUCUGUAAAUAUGACUUAUAUGAAAGUACUAUGUUUUAAAGUUGUUUUCUUAAUGCUGUUGUAAAGGUAUAUCAGAUUUUAGAGAGAUGAUAUCUUAACAAAUACAGAGCUUAACGUCACACUGCAAAGAAAAACCUUUGAAUUUCAGACUGUCAUGUCUUUUUAUUAAAUUACAAACACAUGAAACAUCA